AUGAAAACCACCACUGAGAUCUGGAAGGAGGCCAUGGGCAAGAUUAAUGAGUGGGGUGUGCAGGCGACAAACAGCUACAACGCGGCCAGGAAGCGAGAAUACAAACGCGCGGUGGACAGAGGUCGUCAGGUACCGAGGCCAGUACCCAUACACUGGUGGCCCCCUUCGGAUGCGGAUCAUGUACGAGGAUUUUCCUCCAUCGGUGGAGCUCGAGCCGUGCACAGCGGCAGUCCUGCUCCCGAUCGAGACGAGAGACCGAUGUGGAACGUGUCGGAUCUCCUCCGCGGCAUCACCCCCUUGAGCAUGUUGACUGAAUGGUCCGCGGUCUUCCGGACCCCAAUGUCCAUCGCCAAGACAGUCCUUCACAAGUUUGUUGGCUACCUGGAGGCGCAGGCCUCGGAGCUGAUCUGGAAACCUCGGUGCUCCGCAACGAGCGCGUGGGAGCAGACCCAAGGUAUCUCUGCCAAGAACAAGACAUCCAAGUACACAGGCCCCGAGGUGACUGGAGUCAAGGAUACGGUUACAUCACGCAUGAUGGUUUCUGCCCGUGUGGCGCUUCGCUAG